UUCUCCUCAGCCGCCAUCAUGGCCGCCACGGCUGCUCCUUCCUCGGCCUCCUCCUCCGGCGGCGGGGCCGCCCCGGCCGGCUCCAGCGGGGCCGGCUCCGGCUCUGGAGGUGGCGGAGGGGCCUCGGGGCUGACGGCCUCGCUGACGGGCACCAUGAACAGGAAGAAGAAGCCCUUCCUCGGCAUGCCCGCCCCGCUGGGAUACGUGCCGGGCCUGGGCCGCGGUGCUACGGGUUUUACCACUCGCUCGGAUAUUGGUCCUGCUCGAGAUGCAAAUGACCCUGUGGAUGACCGCCAUGCGCCGCCAGGGAAGAGAACCGUUGGGGAUCAGAUGAAGAAAAACCAGGCAGCCGAUGACGACGACGAAGAUCUCAAUGACACCAAUUAUGAUGAGUUCAAUGGAUAUGCUGGGAGCCUGUUUUCGAGUGGGCCUUAUGAAAAAGAUGACGAGGAAGCAGAUGCGAUUUAUGCUGCUCUGGAUAAGAGGAUGGAUGAAAGGAGAAAAGAGAGAAGAGAACAGCGUGAAAAAGAGGAGAUUGAGAAGUACCGAAUGGAACGGCCAAAAAUCCAGCAGCAGUUCUCGGAUCUAAAAAGAAAACUCGCUGAAGUCACUGAAGAGGAAUGGCUGAGCAUCCCUGAAGUUGGCGAUGCAAGGAACAAACGGCAGAGGAAUCCACGUUAUGAGAAGCUGACGCCUGUUCCUGACAGUUUCUUUGCAAAGCACCUGCAGACGGGGGAGAAUCACACCUCUGUGGAUCCCAGACAAACGCAAUUUGGUGGUCUGAACACACCCUACCCUGGGGGCUUAAACACUCCUUAUCCCGGAGGGAUGACCCCUGGGCUAAUGACACCUGGCACAGGCGAGCUGGACAUGAGGAAGAUUGGACAAGCCAGGAACACCUUGAUGGACAUGAGACUCAGCCAGGUGUCUGAUUCUGUCAGUGGCCAGACUGUGGUGGAUCCCAAAGGUUAUCUCACUGACUUGAAUUCAAUGAUCCCCACGCACGGUGGAGAUAUCAAUGACAUCAAGAAAGCACGCUUGCUUCUGAAGUCCGUACGUGAGACCAACCCCCACCACCCACCAGCCUGGAUAGCCUCUGCGCGCUUGGAAGAGGUGACUGGCAAACUGCAAGUGGCUCGCAACCUCAUUAUGAAGGGGACAGAAAUGUGUCCAAAGAGUGAAGACGUGUGGCUGGAAGCUGCCCGGUUGCAACCCGGGGAUACUGCUAAGGCUGUGGUAGCCCAGGCGGUCCGCCACCUCCCUCAGUCAGUCCGGAUUUAUAUCCGAGCGGCGGAGCUGGAGACAGAUAUCCGAGCAAAGAAGCGAGUCCUUCGGAAAGCCUUAGAGCAUGUUCCAAACUCUGUGCGCUUGUGGAAGGCAGCAGUGGAGUUGGAGGAGCCUGAAGAUGCCAGGAUCAUGCUCAGCCGAGCUGUGGAAUGCUGCCCCACCAGUGUGGAACUCUGGCUUGCUCUGGCAAGGCUGGAAACCUAUGAGAAUGCCCGCAAAGUCUUGAACAAGGCCCGUGAGAACAUCCCAACGGACAGACACAUCUGGAUCACAGCUGCCAAGCUGGAGGAGGCGAAUGGGAACACUCAGAUGGUGGAGAAGAUUGUGGACCGAGCCAUCACUUCGUUAAGGGCUAACGGGGUGGAAAUAAACCGGGAACAGUGGAUCCAGGAUGCAGAGGAGUGCGAUAAAGCUGGCAGUGUGGCCACGUGCCAGGCGAUCAUGAGAGCUGUGAUCGGGAUAGGGAUCGAGGAGGAGGACCGGAAGCACACCUGGAUGGAAGACGCAGACAGCUGUGUGGCUCAUAAUGCUCUGGAGUGCGCCCGCGCAAUCUACGCCUACGCCCUGCAAGUUUUCCCCAGCAAGAAAAGCGUCUGGUUGCGAGCAGCUUAUUUUGAAAAGAAUCACGGAACCAGGGAAUCUUUGGAGGCUCUCUUGCAGAGGGCUGUGGCUCACUGUCCCAAAGCCGAAGUCCUCUGGCUCAUGGGGGCAAAGUCCAAGUGGCUCUCUGGAGAUGUACUUGCUGCCAGAAGUAUUUUGUCUUUGGCGUUCCAGGCCAAUCCCAACAGCGAAGACAUUUGGCUGGCUGCUGUCAAGUUGGAAUCUGAAAACAACGAAUACGACAGAGCCAGGAAGUUGCUGGCAAAAGCUCGAGGCAACGCCCCAACGGCCCGGGUCUUUAUGAAGUCUGUCAAGCUUGAGUGGGUGCUCGACAGCAUCCCUGCGGCUCAGGAGCUCUGCGAGGAAGCCCUGAAGCAUUACGAAGAGUUCCCCAAGCUAUGGAUGAUGAAAGGGCAGAUUGAGGAGCAGCAGAGCCUGGUGGAAAGGGCCCGAGAGGCCUAUAACCAAGGGCUGAAGAAGUGCCCUGGCUCCAUCCCCCUUUGGCUCUUGCUGUCCAGACUGGAGGAGAAGGUGGGGCAGCUCACCCGAGCCAGGGCCAUCUUGGAGAAGUCUCGGUUAAAGAAUCCGAAGAACCAAGACCUGUGGCUGGAGUCCGUCCGAUUAGAAUACAGAGCCGGACUGAAGAACAUUGCGAACACCCUGAUGGCCAAAGCUCUGCAGGAGUGCCCCAAUUCCGGGAUCCUGUGGUCGGAAGCAAUCUUCCUAGAGGCCAGACCCCAGAGGAAGACCAAGAGCGUGGAUGCCCUGAAGAAGUGUGAGCACGACCCCCACGUCCUCCUGGCGGUGGCCAAGCUGUUCUGGAGCGAGCGUAAAAUCACCAAGGCUCGUGAGUGGUUCCAUCGCACGGUGAAGAUCGACUCUGAUUUGGGGGACGCCUGGGCUUUCUUCUACAAGUUCGAGCUUCAGCACGGCACAGAGGAGCAGCAGGAAGAGGUGAGGAAGCGCUGUGAGAACGCAGAGCCCCGCCACGGAGAAUUGUGGUGUGAGGUCUCCAAGGACAUCAGCAACUGGCAGAGGAAGAUUGGCGAGAUCCUAAUACUGGUGGCAGCCAAGAUCAAAAACACCUUUUAGAGCCCAGGCAGCGUCAAGCCCAUGGGACUUGGACUCUCUCCCUUUGGCACCACUGCCGGGGGGGUGGGUCUUUAUCUCUCCAGAACAAGCAACAGAGCUUUGGAGGAGAAAGGAUGGACGUGGCCAGGUUUUUCCUGGUGAAGUGGUUAAGAGGAGCCAAGCUGGCCAUGAGCCACUUUUGUGCACAGAACCGGUAAUAGCAAUGAGCAAAAUGACAUUUGCACGGGCAGAUGCCUGCUUGGUUCAGUUCAGUCCCUGAACUGAAGCGGAAAUAACUCAGGAGGCCCAGCUGGCAGGUUUCAUCGCUACUACGAUGCCUGAACUUCUGGUGUUGCUUUGCCCCCAGGUUCCCUCUCAGGCAUCUGCCAAUGUUUGUGGGCUAUCUAGAUGUUACAUUUGUCUGCUCCUAUCACUUUUUCAAUAAAACUAUCCUAGCUUUGAGUUUACAGUGACCAGACCGUCUGUUUCAACAGCGGAGAGACCCUCUGGUCUUUUAAGCCCAUUGCGGUGUUCCAAAGGAACCGUGAUUUUGCAGGGGGUUCUUGGAACUUCUCCACUGGGUGAGCAAAAGGCAGUCCUGAAGAGCUGUCACCAAGCGACAUCUUCUGUCGUUCCCUGCUGGAAGCUGUGACCCCGAGACCAGUUCAGAGAUUGCGUUGUAGACCUGACUUGCUAGCGGCCCUGAAGGCAGCCAAGCACAGAAAGGGUGGGAGGAGAACCAGGCGGAAGAUGAAAAUGUUCUUUGCAAGGCACGAGAGGCCCAAACAGGAGCGGCUUCCUUGGGGCACGGGGACUAAGCCGUCAAAAUGCCUUAAUGGCUUUUAGAGGAAAGUCAGAAUAAGCAGCUAUUUAUGGAGGUUAUAAUUUUUUUUCACCAAACCAUUGAAAAUGGGAAGGGGUGGGGGGAGGCGUUAGGUCUUUUUUUCCUUAGAGGAAAAUGCCUCCAAAUGUUGGAGGAGCUUUAGUGGCAUUCAGAUAGAGGGAGCUCUUUAGCCACAGGAGUCCAUAGGGAGGAGCCCAAAUAGCAUCUUUUCUCCACGCCAAAGGGGAGGAGAACCAAUUGGUUGUUGGAGGGUCUUCGCUGGAGAGAAACAGCCCAGAAUUUCUCCAGCAUAAAAGUUCCAUUAAAAUGACUGGGUGCUGUGUAGGACCACGAUUUUGUGGGAUCUUGCUCAGAAGCGUCCAUUGAAUUUCCCUCUGCUUGGGUAAAGGUUUUGCCCGUUUGUACAGAUGUAUUUUUAAAAAUGCAUUCCCAGUUUUAACUCUUUACUCCCUAUCAAAAGGCGUGUCCCGUUCUCCCCCACCCCUCAACACAACAAAACCCUCUGCUCUCCGAUGGAGCAGCCCGGCACCCCCAAGCCCCCUUUGGUGCAACAUGUAUUUGUGUGUUAGGAUGUAGCGGGAUUUCUACCAUUGUGCUUCUGCAUGACAUCUUGAUUGGAAAAACUGUUUUAGCCAAUGAUGACUGUACAAAGUACCAAGCUGUAAAAAUACAAUUCUGUUUUGCGUUUUA